AUGUCUAGAGAAAUCCCCUCCUCCAUUGGUGAUUGCAGUAGUUUGGAAUAUCUUUAUAUGUCGGGUAAUUUAUUUGAAGGAGCCAUUCCUCAAUCUUUCACUCUUUUGAAGGGGUUUCAAGAUUUAAAUCUCCCACACAAUAAUUUAUCAGGGCAAAUCCCGAAAGAUCUACAAAAUCUUUUAGCAUUGGAGAGUUUGGAUUUAUCAUUCAAUAAUCUUGAUGGGGAGGUACCAACGGAAGGAAUCUUUGCAAAUGCAAGUGCAAUUUUGGUGAAUGGAAACGACAAGUUUUGUGGGGGAAUUGCAGAGUUACAGUCUACAUGCACUAACCAUAACUAUACGAAACGAGGAAAGUCCAAUGCUUUGAAAAUAGUUUUGGCUAUAAUUGGUGUGGUUCUUGGUUUUCUUUUGAUAUCUUCCUUUUUUACUCUUUAUUGGUUAAGAAGAUCAAAAAGCAAACCUCCAUCCACACCAUCAAUUGGUGAUCAGUUAUUAAAGCUUUCUUACAAAGAGCUCUUCCAAGCUACUAGGGGAUUUUUUUCAACUAAUAUCAUUGGUUCCGAUAGUUUUGGCUCUUUAUACAAAGGGAUUAUAGGCCAUGAUGAAACUAUUGUUGCAAUCAAGGUACUCAACCUUCAAAAUCCAAGAGUUUACAAGAGCUUUAUGGUUGAAUGCAAAGCAUUAAGAAACAUUCGACAUCAAAAUCUUGUCAAGAUUUUAACUUCUUGUUCAAGUCUUGAUCCAAAAGGCAAAGAUUUCAAAGCCCUUGUUUAUGAGUUCAUGCCCAAUGAGAGUCUAGAUGAUUGGUUGCAUCUGCCGAUGGAGCUACAAAAUUAUUCAAGAAAUUUAAGCCUUCUUCAAAGAUUAAACAUCACAAUUGAUAUGGCUUCUACAUUGGAUUACCUUCAUUACUAUUGUUGUGGGGCCAUUGUUCAUUGUGACUUGAAGCCAAGCAAUAUUCUACUUGACAAUGAUAUGAUUGCACAUGUUAGUAAUUUUGGUUUGGCGAGGCUACUUCUAGAACCUGAAAACAAUUCAUCCCAAGCUCAAACUAGUACCAUUGAGAUAAAAGGAACUAUUGGCUAUGCUACUCCAAGUAACAGAUAA